AUGUCCAACUCGAUCGAAGAGAACAAGCCCGAUCUCAAGGUCGACGAAACCCCAAUCUCACCCAUUGAACGCCGCAACUCGCUCGAGAAACACCUGCAGCAUCGCCCUGACGUCCAGGACCUGAAGAACCGCAAUAUCCUCUACGAUUCGAAUGCUGCACCGUCCUUACAAGCCAAGCAACACGAGCUCGAGCGCCAGCAACAGUCGGACAGCCUCAGAAAGCACCUGGAGAAGCGUCCGGAGCGAGAUGAGUUGGUUGAGCGAAACAUCCUGCCCGACUCCAACGCCGCGCCUGCCCUACAGGCUAGCCAGAAAGCAUUGCAAAAGCAGAUGCGAGCCGACAGCCUGGACCAGAAGAUCCAGCAUCGGCCGAAGCCGGAGGACUUGAUCAAAGAGGGCAUUCUGGAGACAGAAGAGGAUCCGACAAGGGCAUGA